AUGGAAACAAACCAGAUCGACCGGGCCGAUAUACUUCAAGAUGGCCCGAACACACGUAAUGUCGAUCCCACAUUGAAGGGGUUUCCAACACUGGCACGCUGGUAUAUCGAUGUUCGAGAAUGGGAGGCCAAUGGUCUAGAUCUCCCACUAAUAGAGACAUUGCGACCAGCCGAGCAACAAGCCGUGAGGAGAUAUCACUUCGCCGCAGACCGACGCAUGUCAUUGGCAUCCAACCUGCUGAAGUACCUAUAUGUGCAUCAUGCAUGCGGUGUACCAUGGAUGGACAUACUCAUCAGCCGGACCGAGAUGCCGCAAAACCGACCAUACUACGAAUCCAAAACAUCCACCCGGGUCGAGUUCAACGUCAGCCACCAAGCAUCGCUAACCAUACUGGCCGGAACUAUUGCGCCCUCAAAAAAUCUACUCCAGCGACAGCCCACCGGAGCUACCACUACUAGUGCUACUAGUACUAUUCCACAGCCUGAUGGUGAAGACAUCCCCUUCCCCCAACUCGGCAUCGACAUAACGUGCAUCAACGAGCGCCGCAACAAAAAACCAAAAACACUCCACGACUUCACAGAAUUCGUCACAAUAUUCAGUGAAGUCUUCUCAUCCACCGAACUCAAAACAAUGACGAACCCAAAACAAGCACUCCUCCAAGCCAGACGCCUAGGCUACGCAAACAGCAUCCUCCCCGAACACACCAAUCCCGACGGCACAGAAUUUCACAGCACAGACUCAAUAAUCACCUACGGCCUCCGGCUCUUCUACUCAUACUGGGCCUUGAAAGAAGCCUAUCUAAAAAUGACCGGCGAAGCCCUCCUCGCGCCCUGGGUGAAAACACUCGAAUUCAAAAAUGUUUUCCCACCUGAACCUAUUCAGCUUUCCUCAUACCCCGCAGACUCAAACUCGGGCUGCCAAUGGGGUCCUAUAUACCCUCACGUAGUGGUAACCCGCGACGGCACCGAACUUCAAAACGUCCGUCUACAGCUUCAGGCCUUCGAAACGGAUUUCAUUAUCGCGACUGCGGCUCUUGGCCCACAGAUCGGUCCUAUCCCUGACUCCGCCCGGAACGAGGCCUUGCAUCAUUUAGCGAGUUUCAGUACCGCUGAUGGGAGCGGAAGCCAGAAGAGAAUUGAACUUGAACAUAUUGCCCUUUCGACUAGGAGGGUUGUUGGCGACGAGGAUCCUUGGACUGGUGGGACGAGAGUCAUUACGGAUCCUUGGCUGCCUAUUCAGGAGGUUGAUGUUGAGUUGGAUAUAAGGGCUUGUGCGGAGGGACGUUGUGGUCAUGGUUCUUCUGAUGCUGGUGGUGAAUGA